UUAGACCACAAUUUCUUAAAACAAUAUCUCCUACUAAACCGCUUAAUUACUUUUAACCAAAUUGAGGACCGCCACAAUAAUGAAAAUCCAUGCUCUUCGGACACUUUCAAAUCUAAAGCAGGAAAACAUAAACUAUAAGAAUCUUCUGCUCUGAAACCGCUGGCUCAACUUGAAAAUAAUAUUACUAAAUGUUCCUUAUGUGACACUCUACCAAACUCCAUCAAAUGAUUUUGACUGGUCUAAAAGCAUGACCGCCAGGGGCUGGACUAGUUUGCUAUGUAUGGCAAUAUGGACAACUUUGAAAAUCUCCUGUCAAACCUUUGACCCAAUAAUGCUUUCACACAAAUGUUCUUUUUGUCCUACCAAAUGCCUUCAAUUGAAUUUUUUUAGCUCACCUGUCACAAAGUGACAAGGUGAGCUUUUGUGAUCACGUGCGUCCGUCCGUAAACUUUUGCUUGUGACCACUCUAGAGGUCACAUUUUUCAUGGGAUCUUUAUGAAAGUUGGUCAGAAUGUCCAUCUUGAUGAUAUAUUUUGUCAGGUUCGAAACUGGGUCAACUGCGGUCAAAAACUAGGUCAGUAGGUCUAAAAAUAGAAAAACCUUGUGACCUCUAUAGAGGCCAUACUUUUCAAUGGAUCUUCAUGAAAAAUGGUCAGAAUGUUUACCUUGAUGAUAUCUAGGUCAGCUUCGAAACUGGGUCACGUGCCAUCAAACCUAGGUCAGUAGGUCAAAUAAUAGAAAAACCUUGUGACCUCUCUAGAGGCCAUAUUUUUCAUGGGAUCUGUAUGAAAGUUGGUCUGAAUGUUCAUCUUGAUAUCUAGGUCAAGUUCAAAACUGGGUUCAACGGUGGUCAGAAACUAGGUCAGUAGGUCUAAAAAUAGAAAAACCUUGUGACCUCUCUAGAGGCCAUAUUUUUCAAUGGAUCUUCAUGAAAAUUGGUCAGAAUGUUCAACUUGAUGAUAUCUAGGUCAAGCUCGAAACUGGGUCACGUGCCUUCAAAAACUAGGUCAGUAGGUCAAAUAAUAAAAAAACCUUGUGACCUCUCUAGAGGCCAUAUUUUUCAUGGGAUCUGUAUGAAAGUUGGUUUGAAUAUUCAUCUUGAUAAUAUCUAGGUCAAGUUUGAAACUGGGUCAACUGCGGUCAAAAACUAGGUCAGUAGGUCUAAAAAUAGAAAAACCUUUUGACCACUCUGGAGGCCAUAUUUUUCAAUGGAUCUUCAUGAAAAUUUGUCUGAAUGUUCACAUUGAUGAUGUCUAGAUAAAAUUUGAAGCUGGGUCACAUGUGGUCAAAACUAGGGCAAUAGUUAUAAAAAUAGAAAAACCUUGUGACCUCUCUAGAGGCCACCAUACUCUUCAUGAAAAUUGGUGAGAAUGUUCGCCUUGAUAAUAUCUAGGUCAAGUUCAAAACAGGGUCAUGUGAUUUCAAAAACUAGGUCAUUAGGUCAAAUAAUAGAAAAACCUUGCGACCUCUCUAGAAGCCAUAUUUUUCAAUGGAUCUUCAUGAAAAUUGGGUCAUGUGGAGACAGGUGAGCGAUUCAGGACCAUCAUGGUCCUCUUGUUUGUUUACACCAGCGAGGCUAUUUAUCUCUGUAUGACUAUACCAAACAUUUGAAAAAUGAUCUGCUGUGAAACCGUCCACACAAUUCCGAAAUGAUUCCUUUGAAAUGUUUUUUGGGUAAACCUCUUCCAAUUUCAUUCAAGCCACGUUUAUUUGUUAAAAGCCAUGGUCGCUAUGGGAUGGGACAAGUUUUCUCUGUAUGGCUGUUCGGAAAACUCUGAUUUUGGUAGAACUUUACAGAGACUAACCAACACCUUUCACACCAUUCCACUAUGUUUAAAAAGAUGGCCACCAGGGAGAGGGGCAUGUUUUUCUUGUAUGUUUGUAUUAAAAAAUUUGAUAGUCUUUUUGCAAACAACUGAGUGCUUGAUUGAAAAAUAAUCUCGCAUAUGCUUUCAUAUAUGGCAAGUUUAAUUUUCCUACAAUAUCGAUCUUUAUGAGGACACUCUACCAAAAAUGUUCAGUUUCGUUGACUCUUAAAAAACGUGAUCACCAGAGGACGUGCUCACUUUUCCCAAUAUUAAUAUAGCAGAAACUUUCAGUUUUGUUAUAUUUUCCGUUCAUUUAGGAUCAUGGAGUCCAUUCAACAUAUAUGUGUAGUCGUGUUCCGCUUUAGCCGGUGCUAGUGGGCGUUAGAGGUGUUGCUCAUUUCAUUACCUCUCAUGAACAGACUCGAUCAGUCCGAGUCUGCUAUUAGUCUUCUUGGCUGCAUUCUUUGCUCCCAAAGGAUCUUUUUACAGAUUUUAUUUUUAAAAAAUCUUCAGAAACUGCUUUCCUGACUUAAAAGUAAUUCCACACAAAUGUUCCAUGGCGACUGUCUACGAAGAUUUUCCAAAUUGGCGGGGUGUAUGUUCUUGACGAUUUUUCAAAUUGGCGGGGUGUACUUGACAAUUCUAUAAAAAAAACAAAAACAUAUUGUCUUAAAUCAUUCGUCCGUCACCUCUGAUUCAUGUGGGGAAGUUGGCAGUUACUUGCUGAGAACAGGUUUAUACUGGUGCAGAAUCCAGGAACACUUGUUAGGUUAACUGCCUGCCGUUACAUAACUGAAAUACUGUUGGGGAAAAAAAUGACGUUAAACUCGAAUCAAACAAAUGUCCACGGUCAUGCCGGAAAGCAUUGCCGCCAAAAAGCUUCAUAGGUUAUCUCCUUACACCUCUGCCCUGAAGAGAUUUCAGAUAUUUUGGUUAAACAAAUCAUGGCCACCGGAGCUAGGAAAAGAAACAUGCAAACGAUGUGUUCUCUUAAAUUGCUGGUUAUUUUUGAAAGAUGUCCACACCACUUUUUCUAGAAGGACCUUUGAUUUGUCAAAACCAUCGCCGCAAGAGCUAAAUAUAGAAAACCUGGUCCGAUUUUGAAAUGUUCCUUCUGGUCAGUCAUCUAUAAAUUUAAAUUGUUCAAAUUAUUCUAGUAUUCCAGAACAUAGCCGAUAGUGUGCAAGGUCACCCUUUCCAAUAUAGUUUGCGUGUAGUGGAUCCAAUACGUAUGAAGUGGAAAAAAACUUAUCCGGAAAGGAUGGCCUAAUUUCAUUAUUAUUUAGAUUUUUUCCUAGCUUGACCAUCAUGACAGCUGCGAUACACAGGUGAGCGGUAUAAGCCAUCAUGGCCAUCUUUUAUGGUAACCAUUACUAUAAAAUAUUUGUUUUAAAACACAGCGUAGUGCUUGUGAUGACUAAACGAAUAUGACUAAGAUCGCAUGUCUGCAAUUUAUUACAUUCGUAGUGCAUGACACAUGUUCCUAUAUAGACUAUACUCAUCUGUAUUAUUUGUCUUACUUUAUUAAUUUGGAAAAAAUGCAGUAAAACGUGAUUCAGCACCCGUUCCUUUUACAUGACUGUAUAGUUUGUAUUUUGUUUCCAAACUGACACAUCCCUUUUGGCGUAUGAAGAUAUUUAAAUCUUUGGUAAUAUAGAUUGAGAACUGUAUUGUUAAGGUAAGUACAAGUGAUGCAGUAAUCAUGCACGGAAUUUAGCGUAUUUCCAUUGAUGUGUCAAUUAUACGUAUAAAUAUAUUUUAUGCCAUUUUGUUAAUUUAAGACUGAAUAUUUUUAGUUACGGAAAGUAAUUGUUAUUCGUGCGACAUAGUGUCACUUCCCAUCAGUAUUGAUGCGGAUAUAUACAGUUAACAUGUAUUUGUUGUUGUUUUUUUUUCUUUCUUUCUUUCUUUCUUUCCUUGCACACGUAUCGAACUUACAAAUGUUAAUGUUAUACGUGAGCAAAAGCAAUGAGUAUAUAUAUUUAACACUGAAUUGUUUGUUGUUGUUUUUUUUUUCGCUUAAUCAAAUUAUUUUUAUUUCAAACAUUAAAUUUUAGAAAUGCUUAUUUAUUUAUUUCUUGCGCUUGCAAACAGUUUGAAAUACAUACAAACAGGUCAUCUUCGAUAUCGGUUUUUACCGUCACACGUAAACAGUUUAGUUUAAUCAUAUUUUAUUGCGUAUUUUCAUUCCAACAUAUGUACGUAACCUUCAAGUUUUGCCAACAUUAUAAACACACGUAAAACACGUGCAAUAUGAGACAUUAGUAUACAUUAAUGCUAUUUAGGAAUCGACGUUCCUGUAGUUCGUAGAAUUAUCGGCGCUCUAUAAAUGACAUCUGAUUGAAUCAUUUAAAUAUAGGUCAAUGACCUACCUAACAGAUAAACAAUUUACGAAUCUGACUUAUUGUGGUUUUAAUUGCUACCCGAGUAGGAUAAGAUAUCAUUUCUUACAUCAGCAUUUGAAUUGAUUAGGACCGGAAAUACAAGCGAAUUAUAAAAUGGAAAUAUAUAGGGUUCUCUAGAUGGAGUAGCCGAGUUGGAUUGGAUUCUUGCAAAUUCCACGACAAAUAAGUCAUUACAACAAAUAAGGAAGUAUAAAUGUGUAGAAAACAAUGCAUGCAGACGGUCAGAAGAGUAGAUUGGUAGUUGGGGAUGAUGUAGAAUCGGAACGAUGUGUAGAAAUUGACGAACUUUCAGCAUCUGGCAAUUUUGUUUCUAAGGUUGAGGAUACAGGAUUUACAGCUACAACAACAAAUACAGAAUGCUUGAUGCAUCUUUUAAAGGGAAUGUUAGGAACGGGGAUUCUAGCAAUGCCAGUAGCUUUUAAAAAUGGAGGUCUGUGGUUGAGUCUCACUGUGGUGUUAAUAAUCGGGUUUAUAUGCACUCAUUGUAUGCACCUUCUGGUUCUGUCCCGAAAUGAACUUUGUAAAAGAACUCAUGAAAGACAUUUAGACUAUGCCAGUGUUAUGGAGAAGGCAUUUAGUACUAGAGAUGACUGGCUUAAAGGAUGGAGCAAUGGGGCCAGGAACAUGGUGAAUAUGUUUUUGAUCAUCACCCAGUUUGGCUUCUGUUGCGUAUACGCCGUGUUUGUUGCCGAGAAUGUGAAACAGGUAGUUGAACAUGCUGGGCUGGUUUCCUUGGAUACGAAGCUGUAUAUACUCAUGGUAUCAGCUCUCUGUGUACCAUAUGUAAUGGUAAAAAGUUUAAAAGCUCUUGUGCCGUUUUCAUCAUUCGCAAACGUACUAAAUUUUCUCGGCCUUACAUUGGUUAUUGUGAAUUUAGUUCAAGGUCUUCCAGCUACAACAGUUCGAUCUUCCGUCGCAGACUUCGGAACAAUGCCACUUUUCUUUGGACAGGCUAUAUUUUCCUUUGAAGGAAUAGGGUUGAUUCUACCUCUGCAUGAUAAGAUGAAAGACAAAUCUGCUUUUCUUGGUAAAGCAGGGGUGCUGAACCUUGGAUUGACAAUUACUAUUGCCUUGUACUGUGCUGUUGGUUUCUAUGGUUACCUUAAAUUUGGAGAUGAUACAAGAGGCAGCGUUACCUUAAACUUGCCAAAUGAUGAAUGGCUAUAUUUGUCUAUGAAGCUGAUGUUUGCAGUGGCUAUAUUCAUCUCAUAUGGUCUAAUGUUAUAUGUACCUGUAAAUAUAAUCUGGCCAUCUGUACAGAAGAAAUGGAGUUGGCCUAACUACGGAGAGUACAUCUUUAGAUUCUGUUUAGUUCUAGGAAUAUGUGGUUUGUCUGCUCUUAUACCACAUCUAGAUCUGUUGAUCUCACUAAUUGGAGCGUUUGCGAGCUCGUUCCUAGCACUUAUACUGCCAGCUACAAUAGAACUUGUCACGUUUCAGUGCAAUAAACUUGUUACUUGUAAAAACUGUUUUAUCAUAGUGUUAGGGUUGGUUGGGUUCACCACAGGGACGUACUCAUCUAUUGCAGAAAUAGCAAAAACAUUUUGAUAUUGUCUCAAAUCGAAGUAAAUUUUCAUUCAAGCGUU